CAUGGUCAAGCGAAAGAGUCUCGGCCAGGCGCCCGCGCACAAGAAGCGCAAGGCAUCGCCAGUGGACACGGAGGACGAGGAGGAGGCGUACUCCGCUGCGCCGACCCUCGUCGACCCCAUGAUCGACCCGCAGUCUGACAGCGACGGGGAAGAGGACGAGGAGAUGGAUGAGGAAGGUGCGGAGGUGUUUGACGGAGAAGAUGACGACGUGGAAGAGUUCGACGGCGAAGAUAACGGCCAUGACGAGAAGGAGGCGCCGGCGGCGGGCCCAUCGCGCUCUCGCGGGCUCUACAAGCCCCCGACGCUGGCUGAGCUUGACGAGCUGCGCGCCGCCCAAUCCACAGGCGGCACUACGUUCGCGCUCCAGCUCGAAUCGCUGCUUUCCUCGACGCUGCUCUCGCCCGUUCCUGCCGCCAGCCUCAGGACUCUUCUCGGCGCCGUCCACGACCUUAUCCACGCCCUCCCCGCGCUCCCCGCCGUGUCGCCGCGCAAGGCCGAGGCGCGCCUCGGCAAGGGCGCCAUCCCCUUCCCCGGCCCCUCCGAGCUCUCGCCCCUCAAGGGUGAGCCAAAGUGGACGCUCGGGUUCACUGCGCCCGCCGAGGUUGUCGUCGGCGGCUCGUGGGCCGUCUGCGGCGGGUACAAGACGGGCAAGGGACGUGCAGGCAACAUCGACAUUGUUGUCACGAUGCCACAGGACAUGUUUUCGGCAAAGGACCGCAUCGGCUAUCGCUACUUCCACAAGCGCGCGCACUACCUAGCUGUCAUCGCCGCAGGUAUCAAAAAGGCCAAGGGGCCGCUCUCCGGCGUCACUGUCCGCUGGGAGAACCUUGACGCGCAGCGCCCAAUCGUCGUUCUCGAGGCUGGAAAGCCGCAGGGCCUGAAGCAAGCACUCGAGGUGCGCAUUCAUGCGUCCGUCCCGGCCAGCACGUUCCCGCUCGCGACGCUCUACCCAAGCAAGUCGCUCGUGAGGGGCGAAGACGCCGGUCCAACCCCGGUCUGCAGCACGGCGAUCCUCCUCGACUCGCUCCAGAAGCCCCACCUUCUCAACCUUCACCAAUUGAGCCAGAAGAUGAGCGGCGAGCGCACGGUUGACAAGUUCCUCGCCUUGUGGCGAGUUUGGACAACUCGCCGCGGCGUCGCCCGCGCCCGUGGUGCUAGUGGAUGGUUUGCUGCCAUGCUCCUCACCUGGGCCGUGGAAGGCGCCGACAUCGGAGGCAAGGGCUCUCGCGCCACGACCAAGCGCGCACGCGGCCUCGGCAAGGGGCUUGGCGCGUGGGGCGCGCUGCGCGCCGUGUGGGAGUUGCUCGCCAACACCGACUUUGCCGCGACGCCCGUGUUCAUUGCCGGCGAACAGGCCGUGCCCCGACCAGAGUUUAUCAACGCCUUCAGCGACAUCCUCGUCGACCCAACGGGCACGGUCAACGUUUUCGCUGGAUGGGAGAAGGGUGAUGUGCAGCUGUUGCGCCACUAUGCCCGCGAGACGCUAGCGAUGCUCGAGGAUUCGACAGGCGAUCACUUCGCGGAUGUUUUCCUCAACUCGCAGACUCUCGGCCCCGCAUCCUUCGACGAGUACAUGAUUGUUGACGCGUUUGAGGCCAAGCUCGACUCCAUUGCCGUCCAGACUGCCGAAGAUCCGGUUGCUAUCGACCGCAUCGCGCGCCACGCCGCCGCACUUAUUCGCCGCGGCUUGACUGACCGCGCACGGCUAGUCCAUACCCGUGUCCUCUCGCCAACCACCUUUGCCGUCGGGCUUCUCCUCAACAGCGAGCAUGCCGCACGCAACCUUGAGAUGGGUCCCGCCUCUGACAAGGAGGACGAGUGCGCUGCUUUCCGCGAGCUGUGGGGCAAGCGCGCUGAGUUGCGCCGUUUCAAGAACGGUGCGAUCGCCGAGUCGGUCGUUUGGUCCAUCGCGCGUCCGGAGGACUAUGCUCUCAUCCCCUUCCGCGCUGUUCAGUGGCUGCUCGAGCUUCAUCUUGGCGCGUCAACCACACCUAUCUCGACAUCCGAGGAAUGGCUGUCUGUCAUUCAGGUGCCCGAGAGCGUGCGCGACGCGGUCAACACCGAGAGGUGCGAGACGCUCGGCUUCCGCCCCAUGAUGGAGGGAUACGACGCGCUCUACAACCUCCUCAAGUCGGUCGAUUCGGAGCUGCCUCUCGCGGUGCUGCAUGUGGCGCCAGCCUCUGACCUACUCCGCUACUCGUCAACCUUCGUGCCACACCCCAUUGACGCAAGCCGUGCCGCCGCCGCCCCCGAGUGUCUCGGCUAUGUUCCCGUCGCCGAGGUGACCUUGCAGUUCGAGUCGUCUCCACGGUGGCCUGACGACCUGGCCGCGAUUCAGAAGCUCAAGCUCGCGAUGUUCGAGAAGCUCGCGCGCGUGGCAGAAAGCCGCCUGCGUGGAGGCAAGGUAUCAAUCGCGCUUGACGCCGACGCGAGCGACAUCGAGGACCAGGCCUCGCUCGAGGUGCUGAUGCCUCAAGGCGUGACAUUCCGCGUGCGGAUCCACCACGAUCGCGAAGCCGUCCUCCUCCAGUGGGCACUGGACCCCCCUCCCCCCGGCCUUCCAGACCAGGUGCCACGGCCCCCGCGGCGCCUAGUCGUUCCGGCUCUCGCGAAAUGGACCGCGCGGUUCCAGCACGCGCCGACGCACCACGCCUCGCUCGCGCCGCUGCACCACCGCUUCCCGUCCUUCUCGACCGCUACGCGCCUCCUCAAGCGCUGGGCGGCCGCGCACAUGCUCACGUCCGCCGACGUGCGCCCUGAGGCCCUGGAGCUCCUCGUCGCCCGCACCUACCUCGACCCGGGGACGCUCGCGCCCCCGGCCUCCGCCACCGCCGGCUUCCUCCGUACCCUCGCCUUCCUCGCCGCCUGGGACUGGCGGCACGCCCCCGCCUUCGUCCCCCUGCAAGCUGUGACGCGGGACGCAGCGAGCGCGUCCGGCCGUCCGCGCUUUGACGCCGCGCUGCGCGCGGACGCCCUCGCGGCCUUCCACAAGGCGCGCAGCGCCGACAAGGACGCGCACGUGGCGUGGGCGCUCGUGACCGAGUCCGAUGUGACGGGCACGCGCUGGACGGGACGGGUGGGGCCGCUGAUCGCGGCCCGCGUCGCGUCGCUCGCACACGCGACGCUGAGUCUAGUCGCCUCUGCCUCCGCCGCCGGCGACUUCGUGCCCUCCCUCUUCGCUACGCCGCUCGAGCACUACGACGCCGUGCUCUCCCUCGCACCAGGCCCGCGCUCGGGCGAGGCCCUCGUCCCGGACGAGGGGCUGUGGGCGGGCGCCCUGCGCAAUCUGAGCCAGCGCCCGCUCCGGCUCGACUUCGACCCUGCCGCGCUCCUCGUCGCGGACAUCCAGCGGGCGUACGGCGACGCGGUGCGCGUCUUCCACGACGUGCAUGGCGGACGGGCGGUCGGGCUGCUAUGGAACCCGGCGCGCAGUGUGCCACGCGCGUUUAGGCCGUUCCUCGGAUUCAACGGGGCGCCGGCGGAUGGUGAGGCCGCACUCGUGACGCUGAAUAAGGAGGCGGUUGUGGCCGAGAUGGUUAGGUUGGGGCGCGGGAUCGUUGUGCGAGUCGAGAAGUAGAUAGGGCCAAGGGAUGCAUAUACGUGCACAGGUG